UCAUGCACUAAAAGUCUAAAAUAGCAACUUGACAAACCAGUAAACCAGAAACCUGGACUAGCCGCCAGCAGGUGUUGACUCUCUGUCUUUGAAGUUUCACCCGCUAGCAAAACAGCAUUAUCAUCUCCAGUAUGGCGAAGAAGCCUGUCAAAUUCUCUGUGGUGGAUGCAUUCACUGAGUCAGCUUUCAAGGGAAACCCGGCAGCGGUUUGCUUGUUGGAGGAAGACAGAGAUGACAAGUGGUUGCAAGCUCUGGCUGCCGAGUUUAAUCUCUCCGAAACCUGUUAUUUGAGUCGGCUCACUGACUUGGUUUCUGACCCUGCUUUGUCUUCUACUCCAGCUAGGUUCCGUCUCAGAUGGUUCACACCUGUCACUGAGGUUGAUCUUUGUGGUCAUGCUACAUUAGCAGCUGCAUCUACCCUAUUUAAGUCUGGUUUGGUAAAUUCCAACAUUAUUGAGUUUUCCACAUUAUCUGGAAUUUUAACAGCUAAAAAGGUUCCAGAUGAUAUUAAGGUAUCCAGUGGUUCAACUAUUCCAAAUGGUGAAACACAAGACUCCUACUUUAUUGAAUUGAAUUUUCCAGCUGAUCCAUCAAAUGAAUUCAAUUCUGCUGAUGCUUCGUUAAUAUCCAAUGCCUUGGAUGGUGCUUCAGUCAUUGAUAUAAGGAGGACAACUGUCACAGAUGAUUUGCUUGUUCUGCUUCCGUCAGGAAAAGCUGUUGUAGAUUUACAGCCACAGUAUGAUGAAAUAAAAAAGUGUCCUGGAACAAGGGGAGUAAUUGUUACAGCGGUUGCUCCUCCAGAGUCUGGAUAUGAUUUUUACAGUAGAUUCUUCUGUCCUACACACGGCAUCGAUGAGGAUCCUGUUUGUGGGAGUGCACAUUGCGCCUUAGCAUCAUACUGGUGCAACAAGCUGGGAAAGUGUGAUCUUGUUGCAUAUGCGGCAUCACCUAGAGGGGGGACAAUAAACAUUCAUCUGGAUGAGCAGAAUCAAAGGGUGCUCCUGCGAGGGAAAGCCGUGACUGUGAUGGAAGGAACUGUUUUAGUUUAGUACUGGCCGGGGUGAAUUUACAAACAAUUAAAAUGAAUAACUUGUAUGAUGGGAAUGCACUUUAAAUUUGAAUGAAGGUCUGAAUUUGAGCCAGCUCGUUUAUGUCUGAUAUACAGCUUUCAAUUGUAUGACCAUAAUACACUUUGCACCAAAGUGUGUGUCUUCUGAACUUGCACAAUUUGCAUGGCCGACUAAUCAUUUGUUGGCAAAAGAGAUUUAUUUAUUUUUUUUAUCUUUGACAUCA